AUGCGGCUUCUCAACACCCAGACGUUGAAGGUCGACCUGUUCAUGGGACAAACUAUCCCGGCAUACGCCGCCCUGUCUCAUACCUGGGGCGACGAGGAAGUCUCUCUCCAGGACAUGCAGUCCACGCCGCCGCGGACUGCAGAAGGCUUCCGUAAGGUCGAGGAAGCAUGCAGAGUAGCCCGCAGCGAUGGCUAUGACUACGUGUGGAUCGACACAUGCUGCAUCGACAAGACCAGCAGUGCUGAGCUUUCCGAGGCCAUCAACUCCAUGUUCCGCUGGUACCAAGACGCCGACGUCUGCUACGCCUACCUGGUCGAUCUUCCUCCCGAGACCGAGGCCGCGCUCGGGGACGCCCUGCCGACCUGCAAGUACUUUACGCGCGGAUGGACCCUCCAGGAACUCAUUGCUCCCCAAGACGUCCACUUCUACGAUUCAACUUGGGCUUUGCGCGGCUCGCGCCGGGCGCUGGUCGACCUGAUCAGCGAGAUCACCAGCAUCGAGAUCGAGGUGCUGCUCGAUGCAGACGAGCUGUAUUGCGUCCCCGUCGCGACCAAGAUGUCCUGGGCGUCGAAGCGGGUCACGACGCGUAUCGAGGAUAUAGCGUACUGUCUGCUGGGCUUGUUCGACAUCAACAUGCCUCUCCUCUACGGCGAAGGCCGCAAGGCUUUCCGCCGCCUCCAGGAGGAGGUGAUGAGGAAGACGAACGACCUGAGCCUGCUGGCCUGGGUGGGAGGCACCCCGGGCGAAGAGAUCCGUGAGAUCUGGGCUAGAUCGCCUGCCGAUUUACGGCCAGUUCAACGACGAACCCGAGAUCACCAGCAAGGGUCUGCGCAUCUCUACGCGGCUGCUGGAGGCGAAAGGCCCCGGUACGAACGGGGACAGACCUCCUUUUCAUGA